AUGUCUCAGGGCCAGGAAAUAGUAUACUACAUACAUGAUGAAAGCCUUGAAUCCUCUAGUGAGAUCGAAGACGGGGAGGAAGCAGAGUUUCUUGAGGCUUCAGAAGAGGUUUCAGCUGCUGAAGUAAUCAGUAGUUCCCAAGAUCCUGAGAAGGUCACCGUCCCUUCCACUGCCAUCACAGCUACUUCACUGAGCAAAUCAGAUGAGUUCUUCAGCAUCCAAAAAGAGGAGGCAAGUUCAAGCACUUUGGAGCCCAUGCCAGAUGCUGAUGAGUUGCCCAGAGAUCCUAUAGCUGACAAAGUGGCUUUGUUGGUGAAAUUCCUGCUGCAGAAGUAUCACAUGAAAGAGGUGGUCACUAAGGAACACAUGCUGAAUACGGUCAUUAGACAGUAUGAGAAUCACUUUCCUAAGAUCUUCAGUAUGGCUUCUGAGCGCCUGGAGCUGGUCUUUGGCAUUGACGUGAUAGAAUUAUUUCCCGACAGCCAGUGCUAUUUCCUCUUCAAUAAGCUGUGUAUCACCUAUGAUGGGGUGGUGAGUGAUGACACAAAUUCACCCAAGACUGGCCUCCUGAUUAUUAUCCUGGGUGUGAUCUUCAUGAAGGGCAGCCGCACCACUGAGGAAGAGAUCUGGAAAGUGCUAAAUAGGAUGGGCAUAUAUGCUGACCAGAAUCACUUCAUGUAUGGGGAUUCCAGGAAGUUCAUCACUGAAGAUUUGGUGAAGCAAGAGUAUCUGGAGUUCCGAAAGGUGCCCAACAGUGAUCCUGCACAUUACGACGUCCUGUGGGGUCCAAAAGCCCAUGCUGAAAUCAACAAGGUAAAAUUCCUGGAGUUUUUUGCCAAGAUCAAUGACUCUGAUACUCCUACUUUCUCAACUCAAUUCAAGGAGGCUUUGAAAGAUGAGGAAGAGAGAAUCAAUUUCAUCCAUGGCUGGCCCUUUUCUAGAUCGAGAGCAUGUUCCAAGGCCACAUCCAAAAGCUUCUCCCACCAUUACAGAAGUCUGAGGGAUAUUGUUCACUUUAUUUUUGAAGCAGGCAGUCAGUGUUCUAAGUAG